AUGUACAAAGGACCUAAUAAUCUGAAAACAUAUAAGGUAUCAGAUUGUGAAUCUGUAUUAAAAGAUUUUUUCAAUUCAGAAGAUUGUUCAAAUCUCUCUAUAAGAUAAUGUGGUAUUACAAUAAGACACAAUACAUAAUAAUUAAUUUCUAUAAUCUCAAAAUUAAUGAGUGUAAGAAAUAUUAUGGCUGUUAAAUAAAAAUUAUAUUGGUUAAAUAAAAUUACAUCAAUUGAAAUCACUGAAUGCCUUAUAUAAGGGAUUAAGUAAUCUUCUUAGAAAAUUGAAUUGCUUAAAUUUAUUUUAAAUAAUUUGAAAGAUAGAGAUUUCCAAUAAGUUGCAGCAUAUUAUCAUGAUGAUAUUGAUUAUACUACUUAUAUUGAUUAUGCAACUUUGUUGAAAGGUAAUAAUUAUUUAGAGAUUUUAAGAUGGGAAUAUAUUAUUACAAAUUUAGAGAAAUGAACAAUAAAAUAAAUUCUUUGAAAAAUUGCAAUAAUAAUUAUAAAAAUAUAUCAACAAAGAUACACAAUUAGAUGAAUCAUUACUUAUUGAUUUGUUACAUUUAUUAUAAAUAAAUAUGGAUACUGCCUAAGCAAUUAUAUCAAAAUAUGUUUGGUUGAACAUUUAGGAUUAUGAUAAAUUGGAUUAUUUUGUUAAUUCUUCCAUUAGAUUAUAAUAAUUGUAAUAUGUUAGUGUUAUUUAAAAUUAAGUAGAAUCAUAACUAAAAGAUGAAUAAUUAAUAUAUAGUAUUGCAAAAGAAAUUUAGAGCAAAGAUAAUAUUCAUUAAUUUGUUUAAAAGUUUAUGCUUUCAAAAUUAAAUUAAAGUCAACUAUUCCAAUAAUUUUAAUUAUAAAUGGCAGUUUCAAAAUAUAUAAUGACAAAUUAGAAACCAAAUGCAUAUUUUUAAACUUUAGAUUUUAUAGCUAAUAUAUAAUAUUUUAAUGAAAUCUUAAUAGUUUCCAAUUAUUUUUGGAAUAAAGGAGAAGUAUAAUUGAAUAUUGCAAAUCCUCUAAAAGAUAUUAAUAUUCCAAUCACUAAAUAAAUAGAAUAAUAGUUUAAGAGUAUUCCAAUUCAAUCUCAUAAAAUAUUUUAACUCUUUCAAAUAGUCUUAUAGGUAUAGUAUAAAAAUACUAUACUAUUUGUGACAUUACAAGAAUUAACAAUAUUAUAAUAAUUUUAGAAAGUUAAUUAAGUUAAGAUCAAUAAUAUAGAAUGGGCUUAAAGAUUGAUAAAAUUAGGUGUAUUUAAAAAAGUAAAUAAUAAUGAACUUUAAAUAAAUGAAGAGAAUUUUAAUUAAUUGUAAAAUUUUGAAUUUGCUUAGAAACCUGAAGUGAAAAAGUAAGAAAUUUAAAUUGAGGAGUAUGAAUAAAAUAAAAAGCUUAUGUAUUAUUUAUGAGUUUAUAUCCUAGUAUAGAGGCAGGAAUCAUGAAAAUAAUGAAAUAAGAGAAAAAGAUGUAGCAGUAGAUUCUUUAUACAAAAUUAUCUUAAUUAAUAAAAAGAUCUGUGAUUCUAACAGAGAUUGAAUUAAUUGAAUCAAUAAAAGGAUUAGUGAAAAGAGAUUUAUUAUGUUAUGAAAAUGAAGUUGUUUUUUAUAGCAUUUGA